AUGGACAUGCAUGAAGAUUCUGACCAAACGCCUGCCAGCAACAGCCAUUGCAUCUCCAAUGAAAUUGCCGCCAUCUAUACAUCGACCUUUCAAUAUGUUGGCAUGGAGUUCAUUGAUGCCCUUAUGCGAGAAAUCACCGUGCAAGCACAAGUCGAUUCUGCACUAUUUCUGCAAUUGCUGUCGCCCGAAGAGUACAAGGAAAUAGCCAAAAUCUACACAAAAGACAACAAGAGCAGGUUCCAUGUUGUUUCUUGUGCAGCAUCUACUACGAGUUCCCCUGAAAUUCAGCACUCGUCUUGCUCCUCAGGUGAUGAUCCAUCACCAUCGUCCAAUGUGGAUUUAACAUCCGAUGGUCUUCAGGACCAGUUUUUAUUGAUUAGGUCUUGCUUUUCAAAUCAAGCGAGCAUGAAAUCAAGACUGACAAACGCCAUUAUACCUCUAUCAACACUGAGCGCAUCAUCGCCCUACAUCAAGACAUUACUGCACAGCGAGAAAAUAGCGUCCAUCACUCACAACAAGGACAAAGAGGAAGUGGAAAGGGGCAUUUAUCCGGAUUACGAGCACUUUGUUGGAUACCGACUAGAGGCAGCACAAAAAAAGGAUGAUGCUAUUAGAGGCUUAUUGUGUGUUACGGAUCAUGCUACUAUGGAUAAUCGAAAACUAAGCAUCAUCAGUAAUAUGCUGGGCACUGUGCAUACCCGAUGUAUCAACGAAUUGAAUCAGCUACAGAGCAGGGAACAAUUGAUCAGUGCGAGAGAUUUGGCUGUGUUGGAUGCAGAGAACAAACUCAAGUUUUUGGCAGACAUGAGCCAUGAGAUCCGAACACCCAUGAAUGCUGUCAUUGCAUUGACUGAUUUGCUGCUACAAGAGAGAUCCAGCCUGAAUAUCGAGCAGAUUGAGCACCUGGAAGUGAUCCAAACCAGCGGCAGCCAUCUCCUCACAAUUAUCAAUGACAUUCUAGAUAUAUCUAAAUUAAAUCAUGAUCCCAAGUUCAAGCUAGAAAGCCGCCGCUUUAGUCUCAGAAAAUGCUUAAAAGAUACGUUAAAUAUGGCUAGACAUCAGGCGUCCAUGAGCCAGCAAAACAAGGUUGUCUAUGUGCUGGAAUGUCCACCUGACAAGGACGAUAAUAUGCCUCUGCCGCAACUUAUUGCCCAGCUGGAAAAUAAGGGUGUUCUACUAAGGCCUCUAUUGCAUAAAAAGGGUAAGACUGUAUUGCCAAUAAUUUGGAAAAUUGAUCCAGAUGUGCCGGAUCAUUUACUGGGCGAUACCAUGCGACUGACUCAAAUCAUGCUGAAUCUCUGCUCCAAUGCUGUCAAGUUUACCAAACAGGGCGGUAUUCAUAUUCGCAUCAAGAGAUCCACGCCAACACCAUUUCGCACUACCUCAUCAUCUCAGGCGGCUACCAGACACAACGAGAGACGCAUGACGUUUAAAGAACGUUAUGACGCAAAGAUCGAAACAAUGUGGACUCAAGCCUUACAAGACAGAAGAGAUAGAAACAGCAAUGCCUACAAUCCAGCCAUGUCACCCACAUCGUCUUCCACAAAUACUAGUGGUGGACUCGUCACUGGCAGCUCUGCAUUAGAUGAUCCAGACAUGGACUAUUUUAGCGAAAAGUCCAUACUCGAGAUUUCAGUGACGGAUACGGGCAUUGGCAUACCUGCAGAUCGUUUGCCCAAAUUGUUCAAGUCCUUUUCUCAAAUUGAUAUAUCCACAGCCAGACGAUAUGGUGGUACAGGUCUAGGCCUGGCCAUUUCGAGCACACUAGUCAACCGUAUGGGCGGUUGUGUCUGGGUGGAAUCAGAAGAGGGCGUAGGUUCUCGAUUUGCAUUGACAUUACCAAUGACAGUCGCUCCCAGAGGCAGAAAUUACAGCAGUGAUAGCACGCCUCUUGGCUUCGCUGGAUCACCUUCAUCACCAGGCUCCACUGUGUCCGACAGUAGUAGCAGUGUGCAUUCUGCCCUAGGCGGCAGCAAUACUGGCAAUGACAUCAUAUCGCCCAUGUCUUCCAUGUAUACCUUUACUACACCAGCAGUGAACAAUACGCCCAAUAAUCCAGGCUAUUUCCCAUUGACGACGAUGCAUACCAGCAAUAUGACAGUUACUCCACAACCACAGCCACAACAACAGCAGCAGCAGCAGCCGCAAAUGCAUCGUCCAGCUCUGCCUCGAACCACACAUCAGCAAUUGUAUCCUUCAGAUACACUCAACAUUCGAACCGAGCCUCAAUUGAUACCGCAAAUCAUUCAAUCGAAUACUGGAUCUAAUGAGUCGUUUUCUCCCAUGGCCGAAGAUACACACGCACUAAAUGCACCGGCUAGGACGAUGGAGACUCGAAAUGCAGAAGAUGUGAAACGAGUGAUAGCCAACACAGAUAGCAGCAACAAUACCAUCCACAACAGCCUUAGUGCCAAUAAUGCGAGUGCGAAUCAGGGCAGAAAGUCGUACAAUGAUCUGCUAUCGCCAGCCAGUCGAAGCACUCGCGUAGGCAUCACAAAGCAGCAUUAUCACAAUCGAAAGCCGCAAACCAAGGAAGAGAAUCUAGCGAAAUUGCAUCCACUACGCAUUUUAUUGGCAGAGGAUAAUAUAUUGAAUCAAAAGAUUGCUAUAAGUAUUUUAAAGCGAUUAGGCUAUGUGGAUGUUGCUAUUGCGAAUAAUGGAAGUGAAGUCUUGACGUUGAUGAAGACUUCUGUGUUUGAUGUCAUUUUUAUGGAUCUGUAUAUGCCAGAGAUGGAUGGCCUUGAAGUCACUCGAGAAAUCAUCAAGGAAAGAACUCGACAAAAGCAAGCAGACAUGGCGCCGUCCAACGAUACAGCACAGACCAGCGAAUCUUCAGCUUCAGACCUGCUAAACACCGUGGAUGUCUAUAUCAUUGCUCUCACUGCUUCAGCAUCCCGUGAGGACAGACAGAUCUGCAUUGAUGCUGGCAUGAAUGAUUUCAUCAGCAAGCCAUUCACCAUGACAGAGAUGAAGUCAGCGCUCAAGACUUGUGCCAAUAAACGUAAAAAGAGAAGAAAGCUUGCACAGCAAAAGCAGAUGGAGGAAGUGUUUACAGAUACAGUAGCAGCAACAGCCGGUAUUCAUCCUACAGCCUCCAGAUCGACAGAGAUGAUUCAUGCCACGACGGAUGACCCCAUGUUGGAUGUCCAGACUGCGGCUCCAUCUUCCUCCACACCGUCUACUUAG